AUGAGACACGCAAGUCCAUUCCACUGGCGUCAGACUAUCGAGGAACAUUUCUCAUUCUGGGACACCGACAAGUACGCGACCCUUACUGUCAUCAAAGCCGAGCUGAGUCUUACUGAUGACGAUCUUGUUCAAUUUCUCAAAGAUGAGCGUGAUUAUCUUGAUGGAUUGAAGCUGCCACCUGUCCAAGACCAACUCUGCAUACACUAUGUUGAAGUUCUUGACGAGCUCACUCAAGCUGAUUGGGACGUGGCUCAGGAAGUUGGCAAUACCACCCUGACUAGCAUUCCCACCAGUAGUUUACAGGAGAUCAACAAUGCCCUCGCCCAAGCCUGGAUUUGUGUUGACUCUUCCUAUGCGAAGUUACAGCAUGCUGAAGGGCUUGUCGUGCAUAUCGAGACACAAUUGGCUGUGGAUCAGCGGUGGGAGAUUGGUGGGCCAGAGUACAGACAUUUUAAGGAGGAGGCGUCCCUGGGUAAGUACCGCACUGCCUUAGAUGAGCUCAAGCGUCUCGUGGUGAUGAGGUUAUUUGAACUCUCCAAACUCUCGCUAUCGGGCACAGGGUACAAGCUAUGCCAGCAGCUAGGCAAGGCUCUACAACAUCAUUCGGAUGCCAUCCGUAAUGCUAUUAAUCGCUACAACACACAGGCCGCAGCCCUAAAUCCACCCUGUUCCAAGAUCUCUUGGAAGGACAUCGCUGAUUAUGGUUUUGUAGCCGAAUUUGAUCUUCUGCGAUAUUCUCGCAAUGAUAUUUGA